AUGGAAGGCGCAGAAACGAGAUGGGCUUUGAAUAGGCCGGUAUCAGCUCAUAUCACGGUCCAUUACGAGGAUGGAAACAAGGAAUCGGGCGAAGGCUUCGAGCCUGUGGCGGGCAAUAAGGUGGUGAAGACGGUUCUGAACAUAGAAGCAGAUGAGCCGGGCGUUCUGGAGCCGAGUGGGCCGAGCAGCAGGUCGUCGAUGGGUUCUCUCCGUCGAUAUUCGUUGAGGGAAGCGUCCAGGGAGGAGCCGGAGGAGGGUUAUGUGUCGCCAGCGUCGUCGCGGCGGGCGUCGAAUGCGAAUUCGCUGCACAUUAGCGACUUUUAUCAGUGUGUGCAUCGAGAUAACGGCGAGCAGGGCUCGCCGAAAACGGCAGGCAGCAAUCCGGUCGCCAGAAGGUAUAGCGAGCCCAGGCUGCCCCACAACCAUUACAGUCGUCAUCAUUUCCAAGUGCAUCAGCAUCGUGGUUCAUGUGUCAGCACGGCGAGCGGGAACUCGCCAAUACUGAGAAGCCUGUCUUGCGCCGCGGACAUGGAUCCUACCAUCAUGCGGUUGCCACCUCUGACGAAGCGGAGAUCGCCGCAGGCUGGCGAAGAGGGAGCCUCGCUGUCGCCCUGCUCGUCGUCGUCGUCCAUAGCGGAUAGCUAUUGCUUGGAUCUGUCGUGUGCCUGCACCAGACAUCAUCAUAGAAGAAACUCCGUUGCGGUAAAGUUCAAUAAAGCAUUAUAUAAGAGGGCUUAA